GCGUGUGUGUGUGUGUGUGAGAGAGUGGACCACCAUCUGCGGGCGUGGAAGUGGGACAAGGGGGUGCAGAUGGCAGCAGAGCUUCAGAGCUGCUUGCUGGGACUCACUCAGAGAUGAAUUAGUGCGUCAUCGCGGAGGGAUAUUUGUGUGUUCCAUAUGAAUCAACGAUGGUGGACAACCGCUACAACACCGCUCUGGUGAUCGCCUGCGUGCUCAGCAUCCUCGCCACCGUCUACCUCUCGGUGGCCGUGGGCACGCAGCACUGGUACGCGUACAGCAGCCCGACGGUGCGCGGGGAGGCCAACGUGAGCGAGCUACGUUCUCUCUACGACGAGUUCGCCAUGGACGGAGAGCUGGACGAGAAGACGUGCAGCGACGCAUUGUUUAGGCUCAACGGCACCGUGGGCCUGUGGUGGCGCUGCGUGCUCGUCCCCGACACCCCUCAUUGGUACAAGGAUGCAGGUGCCAAGAUGAUGCUGGAGUGCAGGAGCUUUACUGUGCAGCAACAACUCACCCCAAAAUAUAAAGAACCAGGGAACCACAACAGCGGAGAGGACUUGCUCCGAACAUACCUGUGGAGAUUCCAGUUCCUUCUUCCACUCGUGUCUCUGGGAUUAGAAGUCUUGGCAGGCCUGAUCGGCUUCUUCGCCUGCCUGUGUCAAAGUCUCGCCCCAACACUUGCCAUCGGUGUACUUCAUCUGCUGACGGGUCUUUGCUCCUUAGCCACAGUGUGUUGCUACCUAGCGGGGAUGGACCUCCUUCACAGGGUCUCGGUUCUUCCCGACAAGGUGGACGGCUCACUGGGUUGGUCCCUGUAUUUGGCGCUCAUGUCCUCACCGCUCCACAUGAUGGCAGCCGCACUGCUGGUGUGGGCAGCACGCAGCCACAGUCGCAACUACUACCGUAUGAGCGCCUACCGCGUGGCCUAAAGCCCCACCCCCCCAAAGCGCACUUGAUUGUUUUACUUGACUUCAAAGAUUAUAAUGCUAUAGCGGGGAUGUGGGUUAAUCCAUGACCUCUGACAGAUUACCAUGCAUCUCUUCAGGGAUAAUGGAACACUAACCACUGGACAAUACAUUAGGCACAUUAAAAUAAAAAUAAUAGUUGGAAUUAAAUCUAAAUAGAGCAGCUUUCAUUUGGUUAAACAGUAAGCUGUCGCAUCUUGUUGUUCCACAUAAAUCCUCUAGGUGAUAGUGAGUCAAAACAUUGUUUUUUAACUCGUAUUAUAGGAAAAAGUAGAUGCUAACAAUAAAAUUGUUUGAUAACCAGAAGCAUUUUUUUUUACUGGAAUUGUAUUUAAAUAGUCAUAUUUUUCCAACAAAAACAUCUGAGUUAUAUGGUAAUAAAACUUUCAAGAAAUAUUUCGUAUUAAUCGCCAAAAAUAUUACCAGAAAAAAAAUUCACAAGAAAAAGCAGUAGAAAAUGGAUUAGAAAGGACAGAUUGUAAAAAUUAAUAAAAAAUAAUGAUUUUUUUUUAACUUGGGACUUCCCGCGGUCCGGAUUUUGGAUGCUGGCGGGCCGUAUCCGGCCGUAGUUUGGGGACCCAUGAGUAUAGGAGAAAGAAGUCUUACAUGUAUGAAAAAAUGAAUAAAGAAUCUUUAAGUCAUAAUUUUUUAUUAAAAAAAGUGGUGAUAUAACAAGAAUAAAGUAGUUUUUAAAGUUAUAAUACGGGAAAAAAUAAGUACCAUGACAAGAAUAAAUCUUAUUUUCUGAGAAAAAAGAAGUAACCUAAGAAUAAAAUCCUAUUUUCAAUUAAAAUGAGUGGUAGUACUCUGAGAAUAUAUACGUUAUAUAACAAAAAUAAAAUACUAUUUUUUGGGAGAAAAGUUAUAUGUAAAAAGUUGUUAUAUAACAAUGAAUAAAGUUUUAUUUUUGUAAGUUUUUAUUUGAAAUUUUGAGGAAAAUAAUGUGAGAAAAAGGAUGCAAAGUAGUAAAAAAAAGUAGUUGUACUACAAGAUAAAAAUCUUAUUAGAAUAAAGUCAGAUUUUUAGGAGAAUAAGAACAUGAUAAAUAUACUUCUGUAGUAUUUCAUUUUUAAAAGUACCAUUUUAAUUUUAAAAAAUGUGGAUUUUAUUUUCAUAACGUUGUGCAUAUUUAUUCUGAUAAUAUUUUGAUGUAUUUCUCUAGUAUCUUGUAAAAACAACUUAAUUCUCUUUAGACUGCUAUGUUUUUUUAGUAAGAUGAUAUCUUUCUUUCUUGUAAAAUCAUUUGUCGUAAUAUUUAUUAUGGUAGGAUUUUAUAACAUUGCCAAUUUCCACGAAAAAAUCUGGCCGUACUAUUGUACAUUUUUUACUGAUUUGAUAUUUCACUUUCAUGAAAAAUGUGUUUUAUUUUGUAAAAAUACGACUACCGGUACCUUGUGUUAAGCUUACAAUUUAUAAGGAGGGCAUUUUUCAACUUUAUUCUCACUACAUUACGACAUUUAUCUUCAUUAUUGUACAAUUUGUUUUUGUCGUUUCAGGGUGGCCCUAAUACUGCUAAAUAUUGAGUUACUGUAUAUACGUUAUCUUGUAAACUAAGUUGGUAUGUAUUAACGUUUUAGUCAGUCUAUUUGUUUUGUCUUUUUUUACAAUUUUGAAGUUUUUCUAUUUACAGUAUUCUACAUGGUUGUGCUUUGUGUUCUCCACAUUUAUAUAUUUACAGAUUUAUUUUUUUCGUUGUUUUGCAAUACGUGAAUUUGUAGAAACGUCACAAGAAAAUAAUGCAACUGUAUUUUAAUAUUGAGCAUAAUGAAUGUAAAUGAAAGGCCAUAAUAUUGCAUUAAAGAUAUAGCUUGUAAUGCUUACACUUAAAUUAUUUCUAAAUAUAUUCUUAAUAAUUUAGUAGGGAAUGACUAUAUUUCAUGGAAUAUUCUUGUCAUAUCACAUGGACAAUUGCCUAGGGUGGCACUCUCUACGGGGCGCCGCAAGGAUGAUUAAGAAAAUAAACUCUGCUGAAAUAUUAA